GAAUAUUGAGUACUGUAAACCAAGGUUGCUACACUGUAAACAUCGUUGGCUAACGUGUUAUGUUGACAACGUGUUGAUUUGAUUGGAAUGUCGUGUGUGGAAUGUUAUGGGCUGUAUGUUGACUUUGUCAUGUGUAGCGAUUUCCUUACUGCUGGGGCUUCAUUGUGCUGACUUCAGUGACGAUUUUCUGGCUAUGUUUCAGUACGUUAAAAUGACAAAGCUUAUGGAGUGGCUUUUAGGCGUGAGCCUUUUCGCGAGCAUAUGGAUUGGCCUCGUAACUCGUCAAGUCUACUCGAGAUUACUUGACGAAUGGAUGUUUCUCAUCAAACCACUUCCAUUAAUCGUCUUGAUACUGUUUGGUCUAUACUCCAUAGCUGUAAUAUUGUGGAGGGUCUACAACUUCAACAAUUGUGAGGACGCAGCGAAAGAAUUACAGAUGGAAAUCCAAGAAGCCAAAGAUGAUCUCAGGAAGAAAGGUUUUGUGUUUGAUUCUGACAGAUGAGAGAGCAUUUUAUCAAGCUUGUACAUUAUUGUACUGCUGAUUUAUACAUACCAUUCCCUUUUUGAAAUUGUAAGACUGCAUGUAUAUUGAGAAAUUAGUUUUUGUUUAACUUCUGAAAUAUAUAUUAAUAUAUGUAUAUUUA